AUGCUGCCGUUCCGGGCCGCAGCACGAACAGCUCCGCGGCGCGUACGAGCCGCAGCACCGGCCGCGCUCCGCGCCGCCACCACUGCGCAAAUGGCAGGUCCAUCGCGUCUCGCCUCCGACUACAUGCAGCACUCGCGCCCACCACUUUCGCGAGCUCUGCACGCCACGCGCGCAAGCUUCAAAGAUAAGCGAUGGGUGAACAGCGCACUCAAGGACGGCAAGGAAGCCAAUGAGGAGGACGGCAAGGAAGGCGAGGCGGCCAUCGAGGAGACUACCGAGGAGACGAAGGAGGCCGAAGAAGGCAAGGAGAACAAGGAGACAGAGGUGGUCAAGGAGGACAAGGACAAGGUCGAGGUCAAGGAAGGAGGGACAGCCGAGUCGUCCAAGGACGCGGAGAAGCGCGCCAAGUCGUCUGGGUCUAGCACUGGCUCGUCGCCGCUGUCGUCGUCCAAGGGCUCGGGAGGCGCAUCACCACCACCUCCUGGAGGCAAGGGCGGCGGCAAGGAGAUUGCCAAGCCCUCCAUCCCCGAGGUCUACCCUCAAGUGCUUGCGCUGCCCAUCACGCGCCGGCCAUUGUUCCCCGGCUUCUACAAGGCUGUAACCAUCACGUCGCCGGCUGUGAUCAAGGCGAUCCGCGACCUCAUUUCCCACGGACAGCCGUACAUUGGCGCGUUCCUGUUGAAGGACUCGGACUCGGACUCGGACGUCAUUACAAGCGUCGAUCAGGUGCACCCCGUCGGUGUGUUUGCGCAGAUCACAAGUGUGUUCUCGAGCGCCGACCAGAACCGCCAGCCGGACAACGAGGAUCCUGACAAGCCCGAGACGCUCACGGCUGUGCUAUACCCGCACCGACGGAUUCACAUCGACGAGCUUGUUACACCGUCUGCGGAGCCGCCCGCACCACCCGUCGUGCCCGAGGUCACGGAGCCUACGGAGGUCGACCACCCCGAAGCCGAGGUUGCGUCGUUUGAGAAGGACGUACCCAGCGUCGAGGAGACGCGCGAGGCUCUCCACCCCGAGGGCGAGGGCGUGGGCAAGGAGGCCGAGGUCAUUGAGCCGUCCGCGCCUCAGUCGCAGAUCGGCUUCCUCCACCCGCUGGUCCCCGAGAUCUCGCUCACCAACGUCACCAACCUCGAUCUGGAGCCGUACAAAAAGGACUCACAGGUCGUCCGCGCGAUCAUGGGCGAGAUCCUCGCCGUGUUCAAGGAGAUUGCACAGCUUCAGCCCAUCUUCCGCGAGCAGAUCGCCAGCUUCACCAUGUCCAACUCGGCCGCCAAUGUGUUUGACGAGCCGGACAAGCUCGCGGACUUUGCUGCGGCGGUGUCGACCGGUGACGUGCACGACCUGCAGUCGGUGCUCGAGUCGCUCAACGUCGAGGACCGGCUGCAGAAGGCGCUGUUGAUCCUCAAGAAGGAGCUAAUAAACGCGCAGCUGCAGAGUAAGAUCUCGCGUGACGUCGAGAGCAAGAUCCAGAAGCGUCAACGCGAGUACUACCUCAUGGAGCAGCUCAAGGGCAUCAAGAAGGAGCUCGGCAUGGAGAGCGACGGCAAGGACAAGCUCGUCGAGCGCUUCAAGGAGAAGGCGUCCAAACUCUCGAUGCCCGAGGGCGUAAAGAAGGUGUUUGACGAGGAGCUCAACAAGCUCGUGCACCUCGAGCCGGCGGCGAGCGAGUUCAACGUCACCCGCAACUACCUCGACUGGCUUACGCAGAUCCCGUGGGGCGUGCACUCGCCCGAAAACUUCAACAUUGCGAACGCGACAAAGGUGCUCGACGAAGACCACUACGGUCUCAAGGACGUCAAGGACCGCAUCCUCGAGUUCCUCGCUGUUGGCAAGCUCCGCGGCACUGUCGAGGGCAAGAUCAUCUGUCUCUCCGGCCCGCCCGGUGUCGGCAAGACGUCGAUUGGCAAGAGUAUUGCGCGCGCGCUUGGGCGCCAGUUCUUCCGCUUCUCGGUCGGUGGUCUCACCGACGUCGCCGAGAUCAAGGGCCACCGCAGGACGUACAUCGGUGCCAUGCCCGGCAAACCGAUCCAGGCGCUCAAGAAGGUGGCGGUCGAGAACCCGCUCAUCCUCAUUGAUGAGAUCGACAAGCUGGGCCGUGGGCACAAUGGAGACCCAGCGUCGGCACUGCUCGAGAUGCUGGACCCCGAGCAGAACUCGUCUUUCCUCGACCAUUACAUGGACGUGCCCGUCGACCUGUCGCGUGUGCUGUUCGUGUGCACGGCCAACGUGCUCGACACGAUCCCUGCGCCGCUGCUAGACCGCAUGGAGGUCAUCGAGGUCAACGGCUACGUGCAGGCCGAAAAGGUCAACAUUGCGGACAAGUACCUGAGCCCUCAGGCCAAGGAGGCGAACGGUCUCAAGGACGUAGACAUUGACGUCACGCCUGAGGCGAUCGAGACGCUCAUCCGGUGGUACUGCCGCGAGUCGGGUGUGCGUAACCUGAAGAAGCACAUCGACAAGAUCUACCGCAAGGCAGCGUUCAAGAUCGUCGAGGAUCUUGGCGAGGAGGCGCUUCCUGAGCCGACCGCGGUGGCGGCCGAGGCCGCCGUUCAGGAGCCCGAGGCUAAGGAUAGCAAGGCCGAGGCGCAGGAGGACUCGAAGCCAGCAGCGGCUGACGAGACCACCGAGCCUGCUGAGAAGAAGACGACCACGUCAGUGCGCCAGCCACUCAAGGUCCCAGAGGGGAUCCACAUCAGCGUCGGCGUCGACAACCUCAAGGACUACGUCGGGCCUCCCGUGUACCACAAGGAUCGGCUGUACAACAAGGCGCCACCAGCCGGCGUGAGCACGGGCCUAGGCUACCUCGGCAACGGGAGUGGUUCGGUCAUGCCGAUCGAGGUGACGAGCAUGCCUGGCAAGGGCGGGCUGCAGCUCACGGGCAAGCUGGGCGAGGUGAUUCGCGAGAGUGCUCAGAUUGCGCUGUCGUGGGUUAAGAGUAAUGCGUUCCUGCUGGGCAUUACGAAGAGCGAAGCGGAUUUGACGGUCAACGACAGGGAUAUCCACCUGCACAUGCCCGAGGGCGGCAUCGGCAAGGAGGGCCCGUCGGCUGGCACUGCAAUUCUCACGGCCUUCGUCUCGCUCCUCACCAAAACCCCUGUGGACCCCGACGUCGCCAUGACUGGCGAGAUCAGUCUGCACGGGCAGGUCCUCCCCGUCGGCGGGCUCAAGGAGAAGAUCCUUGCGGCCCACCGUGCGGGCAUCAAGAAGCUCGUGGUGCCCCUCGCGUGCAAAUCCGACAUUGACGAGAACGUGCCCGUGAGCGUCAAGGAGGGCAUUGAGUUUGUAUUCGUCGACGAUGUGCGGCAGGUGCUCGCAGAGGUGUUCCGCGGCUCGCCGGCGGCUGAGCGCUGGCUGGAGACGCUCCCGUCCGAGGCGCCAGUUAGAGCCGUCGAGGAGGUACAGAUUGCUGCAUCGGUGUAG